AUGCAGACUGUUUCUACAAACAUUUGUGAAAAAUGGGUCGCUCUCAGGAGCUCAGUGAAUUCAAGCGUGGUACUGUGAUAGGUUGCCACCUGUGCAAUAAGUCCAUUCGUGAAAUUUCCUUGCUACUAAAUAUUCCACGGUUAAUCGUUAGUGGUAUUAUAACAAAGUGGAAGCAACUGAGAGCAACAGCAACUCAGCCACCAAGUGAGCGGGGUAAGCACAUGCUACAGUGCACAGACGUGACCAACUCUCAAUAGCUAAAGACCUCCAAACUUUAUGUGGCCUUUAGGUUAGCUUCAAAGUUUCAGAGAGCUUCAUGGAAUGGGUUUCCAUGGC